UUCUGUUUUUUUUUGGAAUCAAACCAAAAAGAUGAACACUUUCGAACUUUAUCUCAUAGUUGUCCUUGUCGGAAUUUUCUGUUUCUCUUUUUCUCUCUCUCUUUAACACUUCAGUUCAUCGUCGAAACAGAUUCAAAGUUCCAAACUUAAGCUUUUUGUCGUGAGUCCGAAUCCAAAAUCAAAUGGGGAAAAUGCUGGUUGAAAUCUGUUUGAUAUCAGCUCGAGGGCUCCGUGUUGGAAUCGGAAUCGGAUCCUCUCUACUGAAACACCAAUGGUACGCCGUCGGGUGGCUUGAUCCAGAAGACAAGUACUGCACCACAAUCGAUGCUUCAAGAUCAGACAAUCCUGUUUGGAGAACAAAGUUUGCUACUUUGCUCGAUGAUUCCGCGGUUCAGGAUUCGAAAUCGGUUUUGCGCGUCGAGGUUUAUAGCAGAGAACCCUUGUUCUUGAGGAAGAGGCUUCAUGGCUCUGCUACUGUUUCCUUGAAGGAGUUUCUGACCAAGUAUAAGCAACAACCGAGUUCUUCUUCGAAAGCUGUAGUUGAAGAAACUGGAAGCUAUCAGCUUAGGAAGCAGAACUCGAGCAAGCCUCAAGGUUUUGUUGAUGUUUCCAUCCGUAUCUCUGCAGAACAAGCGGACUUUGGGGUUUUUACUGGGGAUUUUGGAGGAGUUAUGCUCUCGAACAAUACUUCAGGACAAGAUUACAUGGCUGGUCCAUCGCAGCAUCCAUUUGCUCCAAUGAACCAGUCAAACAAUUCGAACCCAUUCUCAGUUCCGCCAUAUAACCACAACUCAUCAGUGCCUUACCCUCCUAUGAACCACACCAACCCACAAAUGCAACAACCUUACUAUCCUCCACCAAUGCAGCCACCACCACCUAUGAACUCAGGGUACAUGCCAGCAGCAUACAUCUCGAAAUCAGAGAAUGUUACAAAUAUACCAUCAUCAUCAUCAUCAUCUGGAGGAGCACCAGGAGGAGCGGGAAGAGGAUAUGCAAGGCCUGGACCAGGGUUUGCUGCUGGAUUGGGAGCUGGUGCAGUAGUUGGAGCUGCUGCAGGUUUAUAUGGAGGUGAGUUUAUGUCAGGAUUCGACUUACCUUCAACCUUACCUCACCCAAGUGUCUCCAUUUCCAUCGAUCCUCCAUUCUGAUGCAGCAAUAGCUCGAUUCAAAAUGGCUGUAUCGUCAGAUUAUCUAAAACACUCAUUGUAGAUUAUUCGUAUAUGUUAUGAUGUUUCUCGGGAAUUCGAUGAAGCUGUUUUCUUCAAUUGUUAUUACUCUUUAUAUGGUGUUAUCAGAAACUUUACAUAACAGUGUUUAGAAUCAAACUGUUGCGAAUAAAAUCUUUCUAUGUA